AUGGAUAAUAAUUACAGGCAUUCGGUGAAUGUUUUCCAGCCACCGGUUGAAAACAAUGAUCUGAACGGUGACACACUGGAAUCUGUUCGUGAAGGACUCCCAGAACUUGUUCCGCCGGAUUUUUCAUCCAGUUUCAGUAGUAAUACGGAUGAUUCACCGGCAAAUACCUUGGACUUGCCAAGCGGUUCAUUCCUCUCAAUCAACUGGCAGAAUAUGAAAGGCGGCAAAGAUUUUCUUACCGUAGAAACAAAAAAAGAACUUGAUACUGAUGAUGAAAAAACAGCGCAUUAUCAAAAAAUGUCGACAUCAAUGGCAAGUUCCAGUAGCAUCGCCUCGAAUCCUUCCCUCUACGACAUGCUCGCGAUGUAUUGUGGCAAAUGUAAAGAGCAUGUUGAGGCCACAAAACAACUUGUUCUCUAUCGCCUGCCGCCGAUCUUGAUCAUCCAGCUGAAACGUUUCAUCUAUACAACAUCCGUCCUAACAGUUCAUCGCCGUUCAAAAGAUGAUCGAUCAGUGCGUUACCCCAUCGAUAAUCUUGACCUGGCACAAUAUCUGGCUGAUACUGCUCCAUCGGGGCAGGUAAGCAUUUCAGAUUUUUCACGGUUUUUUGAUUUUUUUUUUUGGCAUUUAUGCAGCUCCUAG